AUGAGGGCGUGCGAUUGUAUCACAGAACCGCCGCUUUUCGACCUGCCGCCCCCGCCGGAUCCCUCUCUGAUAUGGCAUUUGAUUUCCGACGAAAAGUUCGAGCCGGUGAGUCUUUUGAUCAUCCAUCAAAAUGAAGAAACGCUGCGGACCGCCACCUGUUGGGGACGACAGCCGUCUGAGCCAACUGUGUUGAUAAGAGAGCUCAUUCAGUGGCUAAUGUAUUCGAUAGAGGGUGAAAGAAAGAAAAUGGGAGAGAAAUGUCCAUAAAAAGUAGUGACAUCUCGGGGAGCGCAUCAUUUGCAUAACAAUUGCCGGUUGACAGCCUCUUGAACUCGUUGCGUAUUACACUACUGUAACGUGCUGGUGCCUUGUCUUAUUCCUAUCCACCCCUCAAAAUAAUCCUUUUGUACAAUCUCAAGGGUGCUCGAACAAGAAACAGAAACACUUGUUGUGUUUGGGGCGAGAAGAAGAAGAAGGAGAAGGUGCUGGGUGUGCACGACCAGAAGCUGAUUUAAUUUAUAACCACCAUAGAGAUAUCUUUUUGGGGAGGGAAGAAGGCUUCUCCUUCUCCCUCCUCACAUAAACCAUCUGCGCCCAAAACAAUUGUUUUUGCCAUUCUCAUUCAUUGAAGGCAAGAUGAAUGUGUUUGUUGAGGAAGAAGAUGGGCCUCCUUCCCAGAUAAAUAUGUUAGAUUAGGGAAAACCAUCUUCAUUAGAACACUUUUGAAACAAAGUGGAUUCAGCACAAGCUUUCGGAUGGUUGUAGAAGGAGCGAGCCCUCGACAUGCCCAUCAAUCGUCGAAUAUGAAUUGACUGGACAAUGUUGCAACACAAAACGUUUCCCCCGGGGCUUCCUCCCUUCCCGCCAAUGAAUUCCCCCUUCCCUGGCGCCCUUUGAUCAUCCAUCUUGUCGCCGCCGCUCCGUUUAUGCAAAUGUCCAACUUUCCGCCCGUUUGUUGCGCCCCACUCCCCCCUCAUUCAAAUUCAAAUUGGUGUGAAGAGAAAGGAAUUGGUUGGGAAACGGGAAGAGAACUGGUUGGAUGAUAAGAUAUUUGCAGGCAGAACAGUGCUCGUCGAAUCAGUUCGUGAGCAUUUCCGACAUUGGCACCAUCUACGACUCCGACGACUCCACGCAGCAACAACAACUCGCCGCUAAUGUUUUGAUCGCCGUCGCCGCGCUUUCAGUCCUUUGCUGCUCGUCGUCUGUCUAG